CAAUGCGAAUAAGGAUGCAUAUCCUGUCAGGAAAUGUGACAAAUUCAGAGAGUUAUCAUGAAAAUAUUGUGAUUUAUGCAAAAUUCAGACUGUACAAAAUGAUGACACUUAUCUUUAACAAACAAUUAAGUACUGUAGAUUAAUUGUGCAAAGUCUAUAAUGAUUCACAUGUAUGAAAAUGUUACAAAAUCUGGAUUAAAUGUGCACCAGCCGAAACGGAUGUCUCUCGGUUUAAACAUGGAUAGACUAUUGCAACUUGAAAGUCCCUUGUUUUAUGAUGAAGUUGCUGCAAUUCACAAGAAGGUAUAUGAAAGUGUCAGAGCCCUUGAAGAGUCCUCCUUCAGCUGGAUGGAUGGAAUUUUGGAUGAUGCCAGGAAUGUUUUUAAUCAAUCAGAUAUAUUUCUUCUGCCAAAGACUCCGUCAGCAAAACAAAAGGGUCGCCGAAGAAAGAAGUCCACCCAGUCAGCACGUCGAAAAAUCCAAGUAGUAGAAGAUCAAGAUGACUAUGUCCCUCAACAGGACGAAAAAAAACCCAGAUUGUCAAGGCAGGCAAAGAAUCGAGUACAACCAGAUGUUUCUUCAGACGAAGAUUUUAUAGAUGAACCAACCUCUAAAGUCAGUAAAGUAGAGAAGUCACCUGCUGGUCGAAGGACUAGAGCUGCAUCACGAGCUGCCACUACAUCCCGUGCAAGAAACACACGCAUUGCAAAAAAUACCAGAAAAAACAAGUCAAAAAGUCAGGAACCUGUUCUUAACAUUGAACAAAACAUAAACAGUGAGAAAGAACAGUUAAAUAUAACUCCAAAACAAAUAGGGGACAAAAACAUUGAAGAGCAGGACAGUUCAAUAUAUGAAGUAACAACAGAAACUUGGACUCAGUCAGCAGAUCAGAUUAUCAAAGUCCCACAGAACAAUGAGUCUGUGCUUGAAGAACAGUUUGUGGUAGAAGAGACAUGGAUUCAAUCUGCUAGCAAGAAUAUUGCUCCACCAGAAGUUUUUGAUAGUGUUGCGCUGAAAUUAACAAAUGCCAAAACUCCUAUUAGAAAUUUUAGUGUUAUGAAUGUGAAAGAGAAAGUGCAUGCUUAUGAAGAAAUUAUUUUAAUCAGUCCAAUUACAUCAAAAUCUAUGAAGAGAUCAGUUUCACAUGGAAAUAGCAAUUCCCCCAAAACUCCACCUAAUCAAGAUACCAUAUCUCAUAAAACUCCCGACACUGUUGUUAAUACAGAGACAAUAAAUUUGAAAUCAGCAGAAAUUAUUGAUGUUGAAGAUGAAUCAAAUACACCUGUUUCUAAAACAAAAAAAGGUGAUACACGUUUAAGUCAGAGACGAUCAGUUGCUAAAUCACUGAAAGUAUUGCCCUCGACAGCAAAGAUGCAGUCUAUACAUGCGGAGGCAGAAACAAAACCAACUCGGACCAGAACACGGCUGAGACUGAAGAAGAAAGAACAGAAAACUGAGCAUAUGGAGAGUGAUUUGGAGACAGCCACAUCAGAAGACAGCAUGGAGACAGAUAGUCAAGACAGCGUAGAAGAAAAUACAGAAACUGUAGAACGGUAUACAGCAAGAAGGACAAGGAGUCAUGGGAAGGAAAGAAAGGAAAAUGAGAUUGGACAGAUAGCAGAUCAGUGUUCUCAUUUAGAGAAGGAAGAAACAUGCCAGUUUGGUGACAACACUGAGCAGGAGGAAGUUACUUACACACCAACAAAAGUUGUAAGAUCCACAAGAACCAAAACGCGCCUUGCACAGAACCAGCAUAUGUUAGCUGAGGCUGAAAAAACAUCAAACAAAGAUUCAGGUGUAGGAGGAAGUUCAAGUUCUAUGGAUGGUGAUGGCACACCUCGUGCAACAAGAUCUAAGAUACGCAAACCAAAAACUGCUCAGAUUGAGGUCACCGGUUCGGACAGUGCAUUAGCUAGUCCAGCUGCUCCUAGGGUCACACGGACAAAGACUCGUAAACGUCAGCAUGAGGAAGAGUCUGAUUCUGAACAGGGCCGCCCGAAACGCUCGUGUACAUCUAAUUCUUCAGUUGAUACUGGUCGUACCAAAAUGGCAGUUAAUGAGGAAUCCAGUGAGGAUGAAGUGGUCUCACCACCAUGUCCCGUCAACAAGGUUGUCCGUCCAAUACCAUCUUUCUUGAACUCAUUGAACAAGAACUCGCACAAUCCUAUCCGACCAGCAAAUCUUCACACAGGUGGAUUGGUUAAAUCAUUUAUCUCUAGAAAUAGUCCUGCACCAAAACCUACCCUCAAGGAAAUUCAAGACAAAAGAAAACAGGAACUUCAUGAGAAGGAAAGAAAAGAGAAGGAACGACUGAAGAAGAGAGAGGAGGAACACAAGAAAAAAAUGGAAGAAAUGAGAAAGAAACGUGAGGAGAAGAUGAAAAAAGUUCAAGAAAUGCGAGAGUUACGACAACAGCAAGAGAAAGAAAACCGUUUACAGAUUGAGAGACGACUUGCUGAGAAACGACAGCUUACACAAAAAAUUAGGGAAGAAAAGAUCAAGGAAGACAAAGAAAAACAGAAACUGAGAUUACAAAAAAUGGAAGAAGCAGAAGAAAGGAGGAAACAAGAUGAAGAAGGGAGACUGAAGAAACUUCAUGAGCAGCGUGAGCAGGAAAAGUUCCACGAAGAGAUGCUACACAGGAGGAAAGAGUUUGAGGAACAGGAGCGUCUUCAGAAGAUUGAAGAUGAGAAACGACGAGCAGCUGAAAGACAGCAAGAAAUUGAACGUGAAAGAGAAAAGGAAAGAGAGCGAUUGAUGAAGAUUGAAGAGGAGAAGAAGAAAGAAUGGCAAAAGAAAAAAGAAGAACGGGAACGACAAGCAGCCCAAGAAAGAGUGGAGAAGGAAAAAGUUGAACUGGAGAAGAAAAGAGAAAGAGAAAUACAGAUGAAAAAAGAAAUGGAGAGAAUACGUGAGCAGGAAAGGUUACGUCUUGCUGAACAAGAGAAAGUAAAGGAACAACAACGUAAACAUGAUGAGGAGAUCAAGAAAAUGGUCAAUAAACACAACAAUCAAGUACAGCAAAAUCAAAAUAAACAGCUGCCAAAGCCAAACAUGAACAGGACACAUUCUCUGGAAGAAGCGACUGUCCCACAGAAUACCACUAAUAAUGACUCGUAUGAAAUGACACCAAAGCGAGUACCAAUGGCAUCAACAGUGGAGAAUUACGGUAUAGAUGAUCUUAACUCAGGUGAUGAAACGGACGAUGAUGAAUGCCCUAGAAAGAAGAUACCAGAUUGGGCUCAGGGAUCCCAGUUGAAGACAUUGUUGAUCAAACAACAUUAUCAUCCACCAAAUCUUGAUGAACUUUUUGACGUGAUUGAAGCACCAGAUCUCAAUGUUCUUUUUGAGAAGAAGAAAGCACGAUUUAACAAGAGGACAAGCUCCGCCCACUGGGAUUCACCAAUACUGAAACCAGGUUUAUUGGGAAGGAUGUAAGAAACACGGCUAAUGUAGUGGGUUUAAUCAUUAUUUAUAAUACAGCAAUAACUAAUUAAAUGUGAGAGUUCAGGAUAUUCAUUUCACAGAUGUUUAUGUAACAUGCAGAAACAUGUAAUAAGUACCAGUGACAUGGAGGAUGGAGGGGAAACUGUCGUUAUUUUGGUACAAAAAAUUAUGUCAUAUAGAGAAAUGCCAGUGUAAAACAACAGUGAUAUUCUGUAACAUUUUGAGAAAUGCGAUUUGGUUGAAGAACCAGGUGUGAUAAAUUUAAGUUGAGGAACACUGAUAGAGAUAUUUGUACUGAUGAUGUGUUGUACUUGUUAAACUCUAAUUUAGGUAUUUUAGUAAAUCCUGCUUUUAUAUAGUCUUAAAAUGUUAAUAUGUAUCCACUGAAUGUAUGUUGAUUUUGGAAAAAGCAUCGAGUAGAAAAUAUGUUUGCAUUUCAUUUGUAUGUAUUUUAUUAUUCUGUGUAGAAUUAUGGUUUAUUGUUUUUAAUACUUGGAUAUCUUUUCAGGAACAGUUAUUAUUUUAAUUAUAAGAAAACCUUGACUAGGAGUUUGAUAUACAAGCAUAUCAGUUGAAAUGUUAUAAAUGUCUUCUUCAAUUCUUUACUGAAGAGGCCCCGCCCCAGGGGUACCAAGUUUUACAUAGACUUAUACAGGGCUUGAGCUAGGGGCGACUUGAGCCAAAAAGUCGCUUUGAAGCUCCCCACUGCGUUCUAAUCUAACAUCAAAGUGAAAUUGAAGUUGCCGGAUUUUUUAUCCACUAUCGGCCAGUUGACACUUGACUUGAAUACACGAUGGCAAAAUUUAUACUCCGCCUACUUCAGAUGCUGAGAAAUGCAAAGGCGAUUAUGGUCUUUGACACUUUUUAACUUUGACUAAAAUAACAUGAAAUUAAUGCAAAUUUUUUAACCCCCAGCACGACGAAGUUGUAAGGGGGGUAUACUGGUUUCAGGUUGUCUGUCCGUCCAUCUAUCUGUAGAUGCAAUCUUGUGCACCUAAUCUCCUUGUUACAAUUUAAUGAAACUUCACACAAGUGAUCAGUAGUAACUCUUAAUUGUGCAUGGUGAAUGUUAGGUUCUUCCAGAAAAAUAUUCUGCAGAGUUAUGGGACUUUUUAUUACUAUACUGUAUCUGCAUAUGCAGUCUUGUGCGCACCUAAUCUCCUGAACCCAUAGACAAAGUUUAAUGAAACUUUACACAAGUGAUCAGUAGUGACCCAAGUUGUGCAUGAUGCAUGUUAGGUUCUUUUAGAAAAAUACUCUGCAGAGUUAUGGGACUUUGUUUUUUGUUACUAUUCAAUAUACAGAGUCUGCAUAUGCAAUCUGAUCUCCUGAACCCUUGCACAGGCAGGCAGGCGGUCGGCAUCCAAGAGCAUGUCCGCUCUCUAAGUCAGUUUUCAUCUGAAUUUCACCAAAUUUGGUGACGAUGUUUUUGGGCAUAAUAUCUCAGCUGAGUUCGAUAACUAGCAAAUUCGCCCUAAACACUCUUGGAUUAUGGCCCUUGAAUUACUCAAAAUCUGCAAAUUUAGCCUUGAACGCCAUCUAAGUCAAACAGUUUUCAUCCGAUCUUCACCAAACUUGUUGACAAUGUUUGUGACAGGUUUGAUAUCAGCCAAAUCGCCCCAGGCACUCUUUGACUAUGGCCUUUGAGUUACUCGAAAAACUGCAAAUUUAGCCUUGUCCGUUCUCUAAGUCGAGCAGUUUUCAUCAGGUCUUCACCAAACUUGGUAACAAUGUGGGCAUAAUAUCACGGCCAAGUCCGAUAACCAGCCUAAUUGCCUUAGGCACUCGUGAUGUCACUGCUGUUGACAGGUAUUUAAUUGAAGACCAGCAUAAUACACAUCUGAUAUUUAAAAGGGACUGAAAUGAUUUUAUGGGUUUCCGCGUUUUGACUGCAUUACCACUGGGAGUCUAAGAGCUUGAUUCAUCAUUUGCUGAUAUGGUUUUAACUGUUUUUAUACCCCUCCCCCACCCCCUCAGUUUUGCCCUGUUACAUCCCAAAAUCUAUAUCUCAGUUAUUAUGCCCCCCCCCCCUUCGAACUGUCGGUCGGUAUGUAGACGAGUCCGUUUCCAGAUGAUAACUCAAGAACACUUGGGCCUAGGAUCAUGAAAGUUGAUAGGAUGGUUGGUCAUAACCAGCAGAUGACCCCUAUUGCCCUAUUGAUUUUGAGAUCAGUAGGUCAAAGGUCAAGGUCACAGUGACCCAGAACAUUUAAACGGUUUCCGGAUGAUAACUCAAGAACGCUUGGGCUUAGGAUCAUGAAAGUUGAUAGGGAUGUUGGUCAUGACCAGCAGAUGACCCCUAUUGAUUUUGAGAUCAGUAGGUCAAAGGUCAAGGUCACAGUGGCCCGGAACAGUUAAAUGAUUUCCAGAUGAUUACUCAAAAACACUUGGGCCUAGGAUCAUGAAAGCUGAUUGGGAGGUUUAUCAUGAUCAGCAGAUGAGCCCUAAUGCUUUUGAGGUCAAAGGUCAAGGUCACAGUGACCUGGAAUAGGUAAACCGUUUCUUGACAACAAUUUGAGAACGCUUGGGCUUAGGAUCACAAAACUUGAUAGGGAAGUUGAUCAUGAUCAGCAGAUGACCCCUAUUGAUUUUGAGUGCAGUAGGUCAAAGGUGAAGAUGACAGUGACCAGGAAGAGUUAAACGAUUUCCAGAGGAUAACUCAAGAACGCUUGGGCCUAGGAUCAUGAAAGUUAAUAGGGAGGUUAGACAUGACCAGCAAAUGAUCCCUAUGGAUUUUGAGACCAGAGGUCAAGGUCACAUUGACUCAGAACAGUUAAACCAUUUCUGGAUGAUAACUUGAGAAUGCUUGAGCCUAGGAUUGUGGAAGUUGAUCAUGACUAGAAGAUGACCCCUAUUGAUUUUGAGGUCAAAGGUCAAGGUCAUGUUGACCCAGAACAGUAGAACUUUUGUGUAUAGUGACUGAAUAAUUUCUGUUCCUUGCAGUUACUGAAUGCAUGGGUGGGGGUGGGAGGGGAUUUCGUUUUCUGCGAGCUCUUGUUACUAAAUGGAUUUGAUUCAGACUUAAAAUAGAUGUUCCACCUUAUCAUCCACAUCAUGUAACCCAAGGUGCGUAACUCUGACACCAAUUUUACUUGGAAUUUAGUGUUAAUUUUGAUGCAUUUUCACUAUAUCUCGGUUAUUACAUAAUGGAUUUGAUUCAAACUUAAAAUAGAUGUUCCACCUUAUCACCCACAUCAUGUGACACAAGGUGCAUAACUCUGACACCAAUUUUUCAUGAAUUAUGCCCCCUUUUACUUAGAAUUUAAGGUUAAUUUUGAUGCAUGUUCACUAAAUCUCAGUUAUUACGAAAUGCAUUGGGUUCAAACUUGAAGUAAUUGUUCCACAUCAUCACCCACAUCAUAUGACACAAGGUACAUAACUCUUGCACUAAUAUUUCCUGAAUUAUGCUCCCUUUUUGCUUAGAAUUAUACUUAUUUAGUGUUUUGAUACACUUUAUCUGUACCUCUCUUAUUAUUUGAUAUUUUUUAACACAGACUCAAGCUAUUGUGCAAUAUUCAUCCACUGUUGGAGUCAUUAAACACUCCAGUGACAGUCCUUGACAGAUUUAAAUGUUUUUGAUACACAGGUUUAACAUCAUAAAAUACAGGUAGAGUUCGACUUUGGCUACAAACCACCAAUUUUAUAGGAAGUUAUGGCCCCUUUCCAACUUAAAAUUUGUCAAACUUAUGGUUGUCGGACAAUAACUCACAAAAGACUUGGCAGAUUUAGAUAAAUUUCAGUACAAAUGUGUAAAAUCAUAUAAUACAGGUCAAGUUUGAUUUAAAUUGCACCUUCUUGUGGCCAUGUCUUUCUUAUGGUUGCCAUUCUUCUGCGACAAGACCGUAUUGUGGGGGUAUUCGUCACUCCUUUGAUGGGUCAUAAACAUCUUGAGGGAUCUUCAAACUUAGUCAGUAGCAUCAUGUAAGGUCCUUUCCCAAUGUUAUUCAAAUAGGGUGUGCUCAGCCCCUUUAAGGAUCUGGUAUAGCUUCAAGUAGAAAUACCUUUAAAUGACUUUUUCUCAUGUCCUGUUUGAUGGAUCUUAAUCAAACUUAGUCUGUAGCAUCAUUGUAAAAAACUUGUUUCCAAAAUUAUACAGAUUGGGUCAACCUGUCCUAUUUUAGGGUCUGCUAGAGAUAAAAAUAUGUAAAAAUAGCUUUCAAAAGUUUUUCAUGGAUCUUUAUCAAACUGGUCUGUAGUGUCAUUGUAAGGUCCUCUUCCAAACUUGUUCAAAUAGGGGGACCAGUCCUCCUUUUAGGAGCUACUAAAACUAAAUAUUGAAAUACUUUCAAAAGAUUUCUUCUUAACAUUAUAAAAAAACUAUCUGAAACCCAUUCAGCCUGCUCCAUUGGUCUGUGUGUAUAUUUUCCAGCCAUUUUUAAGAGGCAUGUAGGGGAGACAUAGUUUUUGCCCUGUACCUCCGCCCAUCCAUCACACUUCAUUUCCAAUCAAUAACUGGAGAGCCCGCCCGCUUAGCUCAGUAGGUAAGAGCGUUGGUCUACGGAUCGCGGGGUUGUGAGUUCAAUCCUCGGGCGGGGCGUAUGUUCUCCGUGACUAUUUGGUAAACGACAUUGUGUCUGAAAUAAUUAGUCCUCCACCUCUGAUUCAUGUGGGGAAGUUGGCACUUACUAGCGGAGAACAGGUUUGUACUGGUACAGAAUCCAGGAACACUGGUUAGGUUAACUGCCCGCCGUUACAUGACUGAAAUACUGUUGAAAAACGGCGUUAAACCCAAAACAAACAAACAAUAACUGGAGAACCAUUUGUCCUAGAACCUUCAAACUUCAUAGGGCUUACAGAGUAGAUGACCCCUAUUGUUUUUUAGGUCACUCGAUAAAAGAUCAAGGUCACAGGGGCCAGAACAUGGAAAUCCAUAACUUGAGAACCACUUGUGCCUUAACAUUGAAACUGCAUAGGAUGAUUGGACAUGUGUAUUAGAUGACCACUAUUGAUCUUUGGGCCAUUCUUUCAGAGGUCAAGAUCACAUUAAACUGUUUCUAAUCUAUUACUUGAGAACCUGGUUCAACUACUUGACCCAGAAUGUUGAAACUAUAUGGGAUGAUUUAACAUGCCGAGUAGAUGAUCCGUAUUGCACUUCAGUCACUUAUUUUCGCUCCUGUCGACUAUCAACUUCUUGCCUAUUACUACCAUGCCAUGUGUUUUACUACAAGAGCAUCUAGUUAAUUUAAUCAACUUCUGCUGCCUCUGGAACUUUUGACACCUGGAUCAUAUAUUGGUCCUUUCCAAAGUUGCACACUAGCCUGUUUAUGCUCUGAAACUCGUGAGCAAUCUAGGGCCACCAAGGCCCUCUUGUUUAUUUAAUAAAAUUAUUUUUAAUGUAUUUUUGGAGAAAGGUGGAUAAUUCCCUGCUACUGAUUUAAGUUUGCAAAUCUGCUUUUAACUUAUGUCAUUGAUUUGAAGAAAAACAUGAACAACUUAAAUAUUUAUGUAGAAUUUAUAUAAUUCAACACUUUGAAAUUUGAACAAUUCAGUAGCAUAAUUAUACCCCCACAAAACGAA